AUGUUCAUCUAUUUCAGACGUGUAAUUUCGCUAACCGAAACCGUUCAAGUGGCGUGUGGUUCCGAACAUACAGUUGCAGUAGUUGAGAGCGGUCGAGUGUUUGUUUGGGGCUUACAACCGGAUGGCCGAACGAUAUAUUCACCAAAAGAAAUCGAAUUCUUUAUGACUUUACCUGUUGUACAAGUGAAUGCUGGAUUCGAUUACUGCGUUGCGUUGACGGCAAGUGGUUCGAUUUUCGUUUGGGGUAAUAACGAGUACGGUCAGUUGGGGACAUCCGACAAUAACGAACGAACAACUCCAUGUGAAGUGAAAACAUUGCAUUCAUUGAAUGUGGUGCAUGUCGCAUGUGGGCACAGUCAUACGGUGGCUUUGACCUAUGAGGGAAGGUUAUUCGUUUGUGGGAGUGAUUCCUUUGGACAGUUGGGAAGUUCACGGAAAUGUGCCUCACAGAACACGAUGCUUGCAGUGACCGAAAUGUUGGGCAGUCACGUAACACGAGUGGCUUGUGGACGGUACUUUCUCUCAUUUAUUAUACCAGAAACUGUUUUAGCGAUGUUCAAAUCUGGAUUCUUCUGGUAG